AUGGAGAUAUUGGUCGAAGAAGUCCUCAAAAGUUGCCAAGAACUGAAGACAAAAUUAUCUGAAUACUUUAAGUACAAAGACACAAUAAAUACCGUUGACAACAUUAAACUUCCACUUGAAGACAGAAUCAAAUACGCCGAGUCUUUAUUUACACAACUUGAAACAAACUACCAACAAGGACAUGCAACCAAACUUCUUUUAACACAAUUUCAAGUGCGUCUCAGUUCUCUUCUUGGUGUUAUUCAAAAAGAAAUUUCGACUUUUGACGAUGGGUCGUUUAAUUACAACACCACAAUAGACGUUUUAGUUUCUUUAGAAACACAACGUCUUAAUGAGAAGAAGUUAGAACUUCAGAAAUCGUUUGACUCAAUAGUUUCAGUGACUUCCGAGAAAAUCAACAAUUUAAUGAAACUCAAGAAAGCAUCAGAAGGCCAGAAAAACACGAAGAAGAGUGAAGAGACUGAAGUGGUCUUACGUGGAGAAAACCAAAAAUCCGAGCCGCCAGACUUGACCAAUAAUUCUCAAAAUUCAAAAAUUGAAAUGUCGCCACUUUUUGAUCAAACAGAGUCUUCACAAAACUCACAGAAAUUAACAGAAAAAGUCGAGAAAAGUCCAACAAAGAAGAAUUCCAUAGUUGAAAAAAGUGAAGUCGAAAAAUUGCGAGAAUGGACUGGUCUCAGACAUAAAGUUUUAGUGUUUGAUAGCGCUGUGAAUGAUUGGAGUGUCGGUUCAAGUGUGUUUAAUGACAAAAUAUGUGACCUUCCAAAUCUUGUGUUUUUCAUCGAAACGGCGGAGAAAGAUUUGUUUGGUGGGUACAUAGAAAGUGGCGUGAGUGAGUGUGCUGAAUGUUAUUAUAAUUAUAACUACGACCAAAACGCGUUCAUUUUCUCAAUGAGAAUUGGGGGAGUUGAAACGAAGAAAAAAUAUGUUAUUAAAAAAGAAGCAGCUAACCACGCAUUUUGUGUGUUAGAAAAGAACCACACAUUCUUGUUUGGGUUUGGAGGAGGUCAUGACAUUUGUGUAUAUAAAGACGGACAAAUGGGAAGCUAUUGUAAGGCUUCUACAUUCACAGCACAGAGCGGACAAUUGUGCACAAACAACAAAUUUAAACCCGUUAGAGUUGUUGUGUAUCAAAUGAAAUAA